GCGGCCGCUGAGCAUCCGCGCGCUGAUCCGCCUCUGUGUUUGGGAGGCGUGCGGUAUGUUGUCACAGAUCCACUGAACGCUGCUCGUGUUGCUUCCAGUCCAGCUCCCAGCAGGGUGAAAGCUGUCGGGCUCGGACCAACAUGGGUUAGAAGGCGAGCCGCAGACGGAUUGUCCACUUUGCGCACUUCAGCGGGGAUGAUGGGGGGCAGAGAGGACUUGGUUUCGCAGAGACAUCCUGACAAAGACGGGGACUGAGAGGGAGAGACACCGGGAUUCGCUGCUCUCUCCGUCUCGCCCAUCUUUUACUUUUUUUGUUCUUUUUUUCUUUUUUGGUUGCUUUCAUUCUUUCUGUUUUUAUUCAUUUUUUUAACAAUUUCCCCGCGUGUGCGCGAGACAGAGAUGUUUGCAGAAUUACUGUGCGGCGCCGUGGCUCUGGUCCUGUAUGUCAACACUCUGGGCGCAGAUUUCUGCUACGAUGACAGCCGUGCAAUCAAGACCAAUCAGGACCUGCUUCCAGAGACCCCCUGGACAAACAUCUUCUAUGAUGACUUCUGGGGCACUUUACUCACACACAGUGGCAGCCAUAAGUCUUACAGACCCCUCUGCACCCUCUCUUUCCGCCUUAACCAUGCAGUGGGUGGGCUGGAGCCUUGGGGUUACCACCUGGUUAAUGUGGCCCUCCACGGCGCGGUGACCAUCCUGUUUACAUCUCUGGCUCGCCUGCUGCUCGGUGGAGGACUCUGGAGUCUGCUGGCCGGCCUGCUGUUUGCUUCUCACCCUAUUCACACUGAGGCAGUGGCAGGUGUUGUUGGACGGGCUGAUGAAGGUGCUGCCCUGUUCUUCUUGCUGUCCUUGCUAUGUUACAUUCACCACUGCAAGCUACGAGGCCAUGCGGGGUCCGUGAGGCUUGCAGCCUGGUUCCUGAGCAGCUUGGCCUGCGCUGCUUGCAGCAUGCUGUGGAAGGAGCUGGGAGUGACUGUCCUGGCUGUAUCAGCGCUGUAUGACGUCUGCGUUUUCCACAGGCUUAAACUGCGCCAGAUCAUCAUGCUCCUCUAUAAGAGAAAGAACAUCCAGCUGCUGCUGAACGUGUUUCUGCUGGCGGCGUGGGGAGUCAUCUUACUGGCCUGCCGCUUCUACUGGAUGGGCAACAAACCCCCAAACUUCUCCAACUCCGACAACCCAGCGGCUGACUCCUCCUCAGUCCUCACCAGGACGCUAACCUUUUUCUACCUACCUGCCAUCAACUUUUGGCUCCUCCUCUGCCCAGAUAGACUCAGUUUUGAUUGGUCAAUGGAUGCCUUGCCUUUAAUCAGGACAUUUUCUGACUGGAGGAACUUUCACACUGUUCUCUUCUACCUUGGGUUGCUAUUGCUCACAUGGUUUGGUCUGUGGACACAUCACACAGUCAGGAGCAAGGACACUAACGGAAAAGCUCAUAUUUGUGUUAACGGUAGAAAUGGGAACAGUAAUGGACACAGUAACCACUGUAGCAACCAUGAAAAUGUGAGCAACUCUCACAUGGAUUCUUACCUUAAUUUCCCACAAAACGGUACCAAAAAGCACUGUGAGAUCUGGACUCCACUGCCUACCACUGAACAUGUUGUGGUGUUCUCCCUCGGCCUUUUGGCCAUCCCUUUUCUACCUGCCACAAACUUGUUUUUCUAUGUGGGAUUUGUGAUAGCAGAGCGAGUACUGUACAUCCCAAGCAUGGGCUUUUGCCUGCUGGUAGCCGUGGGGCUCAGGUCCCUGUGCAUCCGACUGCAACGCAGGUCCUCCAGGACAGCAUUGUUGUGCUGUAGUGCAGCCCUGGUCCUAUUUUUCAGUGUGAAAACCGUUUUGAGGAACCAGGACUGGAAGAAUGAAGAGAUGCUCUACAGGUCAGGGAUUUAUGUCAAUCCUGCUAAAGCGUGGGGAAACCUUGGAAAUGUGUUGAAAAGCCAGGGAGAGAUGGAGAAAGCCGAACAGGCUUACAGAAACGCGCUCUACUACCGCAGCAACAUGGCUGACAUGCUGUAUAACCUAGGUCUGCUGCUACAGGAGAGCAACAAGUUUUCAGAGGCGCUCCACUACUAUAAGUUGGCCAUUGGGAGUCGGCCAACUCUGGCUUCAGCCUACCUGAACACGGGCAUCAUCCUGAUGAAUCAGGGUCGUAUGGAUGAGGCGAAGCGCACUUUUCUCACAUGUGCCGACAUCCCAGAUGAGAACCUGAAGGACCCCCAUGCUCACAAGAGCUCAGUCACCAGCUGUUUGUACAACCUGGGCAAGCUGCUCCACGAGCAGGGACACCAGGAGGAGGCCCUCUCCGUGUUUAAAGAAGCAAUACAGAAAAUGCCAAGACAGUUUGCCCCACAGAGCCUCUACAACAUGAUGGGAGAGGCCUACAUGAGACUGAACAAGCUGACGGAAGCUGAACACUGGUACAGAGAGUCGCUGAGAGCCAAGCCGGACCAUAUUCCUGCACACCUCACUUAUGGAAAACUCUUAGCUGUGACGGGGCAGAAAACAGAAGCAGAGAGGUACUUCCUGAAGGCCAUCCAACUCGAUCCCACUAAAGGCAACUGUUACAUGCAUUAUGGUCAGUUUUUAUUGGAGGAGUCCCGGCUGCUGGAAGCAGCAGAGAUGGCAAAGAAAGCUGCACACCUCGACAGCAGGGAGUUUGAUGUGGUCUUCAGUGCAGCCCACAUGCUCAGACAAGCCAGCCUAAAUGAGGCAGCAGAGAAGUAUUACGGACAAGCGGCAAGCCUGAGACCCAAUUACCCUGCCGCCUUGAUGAACCUCGGAGCAAUCCUCCAUCUCAACGGGAAACUGCAAGAAGCUGAAGCCAAUUACCUCCGAGCGCUUCAGCUGAAACCCGAUGACACCAUCACCCAGUCAAAUUUGCGUAAGCUGUGGAAUAUCAUGGAGAAACAGGGCCUGAGGACCACAAGCCCCUGAGUCCGCCUACUAGCCAUCUGCACACCAGGUCUGGGGAGAAGGCCGCCUACACGCUGCUGAUUCCUUUGUCUCAUCUGAGAAGGAAGGAAGAAACAAAGAGGAGAUGUUUGCACAGAAAGGGCAUGACUGCUGCACAGCCAUCGUAAUGACUUCUGAGCUCUGCAAACACCUCAGGCCAGCAGCUUAGACAGGCGCUAUGUGGUAUUUGGACUUUUUUUUUAGAAUUUUCUCACAAAAUCUUUUUAUUGCAGCGCAACUGAACUCAAAGUGAGACUAUAGGUGCAUCCUUCAAGCAGUGUGAGAUAUAAUAAAAACAAAGAAAGGGAUUUCAAGCGCUGCACUGGGGAUGUUUCUGUCAGUAACUGGUUUAACCAGAUGCUUCUUUUUGGUGAUAAAGAAAAACCUGGAUGUCAUCCACAAUAUCUAAAUUAAUUUAUAUAUCUUCAAUCUGUGUGCUGUUUCCCACCAUCAGUGGGUCACUUUGAUUUGCAUAUGAGAUUACACACACUUCAUAGUGAAGUUUUGAAUAAUUAUAACCAUUAGUGAACGGCAUUUGUGAUGAAUGUCCUGAUAUUUAGUGAAAACUUGAAAAGGGAUUUUGAUUUUUUUUUAGCCAUUAAUUGCCCCUAAAAGCUCCAAAAAGAGGCAGGAUUUUACCAGAGAACAUGUUUAAGCAGACAAAAAAAUUUUAAAUUUAAAUUUUAAUAGCUUAAAAUGUCCACUUUGAGUCAUAAAAGGUGAGAAAACUUAAGUGGUACAGCUUAUAGGUGGCAUUUUAACCCAGCGGCUUCCUGUUCUGCACUGCUGAAGAAGUCACCAUUUGUUUUUUACAAUAAUGGAAAAAUUAAGCAAACUUUCUGCAACAAACAAAAUACAAGACAAGACAGUCUGAUCAGGUCCACAGGCUUUGCCUUAAGCCAGGGCUAUUCAAUUCGGUCCUACGAGGGCCGCAAUCCAGCAGGUUUUCCAUGUAUCCCUGCUUCAACACACCUGACUCAAAUUAAAUGGAUCUAACAGCCAAUCAAGUUCUGAACAAUGACUAAUUAAUUUGAGUCAGGUGUGUUGAAGCAGGGAUACAUGGAAAACCUGCUGGAUUGCGGCCCUCGUAGGACCGAAUUGAAUAGCCCUGCCUUAAGCCUUCACAGAGGAGUGUGUGCAGACACAAGGAAGUGCACAACCUUUAACCACCGUGCAACGCACAGUCACCGAGCAUUCGAGGGAAAUGUUUUAAUGCCUUCGUGUUGGAACGAAGUCAUGUCAUCAUGUUUGUAUAAAUGAAUCCUAAUAUAUACGUACGAUGUGUAUAAUAUACCCAAAAUCCUGCAGCAAAAGCGUAGCCACGAGUGGGAGCUCAUUACUGGGCAAGUCUGGCCGGUAACCCUACAGAACAGGUUCUCCACUUUUCUCAGAACUCUGUCUUUAGGUCUCAUUUGUACAUAUUUUGUGUAGUUCACUUCAGUUUGUUUAUUGUUGUCAGCAUUCGGUAAGUGAAACUGCACCUUCCUGAAAGUGAGAGUUUUUACUGUAUUUGUAAUCAUUUGUUUGUCGUUGGCCACGAUGCUCCUCAUUUAUCUUUGUCCUCCGUUCAUCACAUUGUAAAUUAUUGCUCUGUGUUACCUAGCAACAGAACCAGCUGGCACUGUGUUUUUACAUGUAUGAAGGAAAUUAGUUAUGUAUAUGUUUGUGGUCAUUACUGAGUAAAAUCUCCAAACACAGUCCUGUUAACACCAUACUGUUAAUUACAGAGUAGCAUCUGAGAUGGAAAGUAAAGAUUUUGAUAUAUAAUUAGUCACAGUUAAAACCACUGACACUCUUCUGUACUGAACUAUGAUGGCAACAGGAUGAUGGUCACAGUUCACUUUGAUUUCCUUCCCACAUAUCACACACUCGCAGCCAAAAUGUGCGAAUGCCUCAUUUGUAGAUAUCUAUAUAUAUAUAAAAACACUUCAUUGUUAUUGCUUGAGUGAAGGUGUAAAAAAAACAAAUUGUUUUCACUCUGUGUCUCUGCUCAGGGAUCUCAAGCAGUGGGCUAUUGCAGAAACUCGUUCACAGAGCGUUUCCUAAAUUAAAAUUUAUUUUUUAAAGUUGUUGUAUUUGUAUAAAUGAUGAAGCUUUGUAUCCCCUUUGUAAUAUAAAAAUGAACAAUGUGCCAGAACAGACUUUUUCUUCCCAAUGUUGCUUUUUUUCCACAAUAAAUGUAUGGC